AUGAAGUUGAAAAUCAAGGGUGUCCUCUUUAGGUUUUCCUAUCGGAUAUUCUCGAACAGCGACAGUUACAAUUAUUUACUGGAGCGAUUUUCUUGCCAAAGAAUUGGUCGUUAUCAAUUGAUUGGAAAGCGCAGUAUGUCCACAUUCGCCGCUCAAAUCGCCGUUGAAGACAAAGUUCUUGUCGGAGACGCGGUAAAGGUGAACGCAAAAGUGGCAGAAAUCAACAAAGCUGGCGCGAAAGAGAUCCAAUGUGUUUUCGACUUUGAUGCGACGAUUUCAAAGCACAAACAUAAUGGCGAACACGCUGCCUCGUGCCAUACUGCGCUGGAAAAGACCCUGGGCGAAGAAAAGUACUCGGAAAUGGUUGAGUUGAGAAACAAGUUCAUCAAGAUUGAGUUCGACCCGGCCCUGACGCCUGAAGAAAAAUCGCCUCACAUGACAGAGUGGUGGUCAACAGCGCACAAGAAAAUCGUCGAACAUCAUGUUCAAAAACAGAAGAUUCAAGAGUCAGUCAGAAAAUCUGCCAUUCACAUUCGAGAAAGAAACGAUGAGUUCUUCAAACUAUUGGAGAAAACGCCAGUUCUUCUCUUUUCAGCUGGAAUCAAACAAAUAGUCGAAUACGCGAUGGAGUACAAAGCUGCUGCUGGGCUAACCUCCAACAUGGACGUCGUUUCGAACGAAAUGAUUUUCGACGAAAACGAGAACGUAGUAGACUUCUCCGAGCCACUUAUCCACACCUUCACGAAGAAUACGCAAUCGAUUGGCGAGACUUGGCGGCGAAAACUGCGUGAAAGAAAGAAUGUUCUUCUCAUGGGUGAUAGCGAAGGAGACCCAGAUAUGGUGAGGGAUGAUGAUUUGGCUGAAGGAGGAACUUGCUUGAGAGUGGGAUUCCUCAAUCGCGAUUCCCCCGAAGCCAGAGAAAAGUACCAAAAACUCUACGACAUCGUCAUCGUCGACGACGAGAGCCUCUCAGUUCCUAUCAAAAUCGUUCAAGCAAUCCUUUCUGUCGACUCCGAAUAG